AUGGCAGCAUCGGAGGCGCUUACGAACAAGGAGCGGCGCCAAGCGCGCAAAGCCGAACGCGAAGCAGAGCGUGCAAAGAUAGAUGCAAACGUAUCUAAAAAGCGCACGAGUCCAGAUACCGAGCAAGCCACCGAUGUGAUGCCUGGCCAAGACGACGAGCCAUUAUCGCACAAAGAGCUGCGCAAGCGCCGCAAGAUGGAGAAGCGCAGCGGUGAUAUCGAUGCUGACGAGCACCAGCUUUCUGCUGCACCAGAAAGACUACAACGCAGUCCAUACAGUGUAUGGAUCGGCAAUCUAUCCUUUACCACGCCGCCGGAUCAGCUAACAGAGUGGCUUGCAGAGCAUGGGAUCCAAGGCGUGAGCCGUGUGCAUAUGCCCCAAGGUGCGCGGAGGUCUGAACAUAACAAAGGCUUUGCGUACGUCGAUCUGGAAUCAGAAGAUCAGGUCGAUGCGGCGGUGGCGCUUUCUGAAAACCAGCUUGGCGGGCGUCGUCUCUUGAUUAAAAACGGCACGGAUUUCCGUGGGCGUCCCGGCAUUGAUCCUACUGCGUUAGGCGCAACAGGGCAUGCGGGUCUAACCAAGACGGCACAAAAAAUUUUGCACGCCCAACGAAACCCUGCAGGGCCGACGCUGUUUAUGGGUAACUUGAGUUUUGAGACGACCGAGGAGGCCAUCCGCGAACUACUCGACGGGUCCAUGCAGCGGCGCCAUUUUCAGCAGCUGAAAGACGACGACGACGACGACGACGAAGAGCAAGAGCCGACCCCCGAGUCGCUCAACGCGGGCAUCCGAAAAAUCCGCAUGGGCACGUUUGAAGACUCUGGCAAAUGCAAAGGCUUCGCAUUCGUUGAUUUCAACUCUACUAACCAAGCUACACAAGCGCUGCUCGAGCCGCGCAACGGCCGGCUGCUUGGGCGCACGCUGUUGCUCGAAUUCGCCGGUACGGACGCUGUGCGUCGCGGCGCAUCCAGGAAUCUGCUCCCCGACUUUACUCACACCCCCCGCCGCCGCCGCCCGGCAAGAGAUGCUGCGGACGAGGCGCCCGGCGAAGAGGACGGCGAGGCCAAGUGGCCCGAGCGCGAAACACUGGAUUCGCAGCUCGAAGCGUUCCAAACGACCGACGCAGGCGCAGGCGCAAGUGCACCCACUCGUCCCCGCCGUAAGGAUACGCACCACCGUGUGCGACCCGGCGCCGCGAAUGCACAAGCCGCGCGCCAGCAAUACGGUAUCCUACCGUCCGCAGGCAAACGCACGACGUUUGAAUAA